AUGGCGUCCAACGCAAAGUACCAGCCCGCGGCGCAGCACGACCCGGACGAGCACGACUACACGCACGCGCCGCCGUCGUAUUCCGCCACCGCGACCGAAGGCGGCCCUUCGUCCGCUGCGGCCCGCGAUGAGACCCAGGGCCUGUUUGGCCCGCCGCGCAGCAGCGAGGACAACAUCCCCGACGACUUCAAGUUUGGCGGCUCCGUGGCCGAAGCAACCGUCGACAUCCGCAACCAGUUCGUCCGCAAGGUCUACACCAUUCUCACCGUCCAGCUGUUCGCCACCGCCGGCGUCAGCGCCCUCACCUUUUUCAGCGAGUCCUACAAGACAUGGAUCCAGAGCCACCCAGGUGUCGUCUGGAUCUCGCUCAUCGGCGCCCUGGUCUUCCUGGGCCUGACGUACUGGAAGCGCAAGUCGUACCCGACAAACUUGCUCUUCCUGUCGCUCUUUACCCUCACUGAGGCUUAUUCGAUUUCCGUCGUCGUCUCCUUCUACAAGACGUCCAUCGUGCUCAACGCCGUGGUCCUGACCGCCGGCCUCUUCGUCUUCCUCACCCUGUUCGCCUGCCAGACCAAGUACGACUUCACCUCGUGGAUGCCCUACCUCUUCGGCGCGCUGUGGGGCCUCAUCCUCUUCGGAUUCAUGGCCAUGUUCUUCCCCUACAGCUCGACCGGCGAGCUCAUCUACGGCGGCCUGGCUGCCCUCAUCUUCAGCGCUUACAUCCUCGUCGACACGCAACUCAUCAUGCGCAAGCACCACGUGGAAGAGGAGAUUGCCGCCGCCAUUAGCCUGUACCUCGACAUCAUCAACCUGUUCCUCGCCAUCCUGCGCAUCCUCAACAGCCAGUCCAACAACUGA